AUGUCCAGGUGUCCACCAGGAACACCUCUAAUGUCACAGCGGAUGAAUCCGGUUGGGGCAUUAUCCCAAGACACCCUGAAAAAUUGUGGGUUUUCAAAUACAUUGCCUGAUGCCUUAUUAUUUGUUCUGUCAGCUUCUUUCAGGAAGAUCUUCAUUUUGCAACUGGUAGGGUUGGUGCUAACCAACAAUUUCUCUGAUUGCGACUUUGAGAAGAUUCGAAUGGAUUACCUGAACAUCAUUUCUAAGGACCUGACGUGUACGGACUGCGACGCCACCCUCCGCUGUGAAGAUCAGGGCGGCGCAGGUCCUCUCUCCUGCCACGCCUUCUGCUACCCUCACGAGCCCCCACCUUCCUCCCCUUCCGUGGGGUCUUUAGCCCUCUCCUCACCCGGGUCCCAUUGGCUGCGACCCCGCUCCCCCUUUCACUCAUUUCUUACCAACUCUAUUUCUUUGUUUUUUUCUACCCCUACCCCCCACCCCGUGGCGUGUUCUCCUUUUCUCGUGAACGUCGCCGCUGGCGAGCAGCCGGAUUGCCUCACUAAAAUCGAGCGCCUUACCUUGCAUCCUACCCCCGGCUGCAAGUCACUCCCCGAAGAAUUAGCCAGCAGAACGCAAGCUACGCUCGAACGCUCUUGCCCAGGCUACUACCGAAAGCAGAAAAAUAAUGCCCAGGCAAUGAAGAAAAGAAAGAAAAGAGAAGACACAAUAAAAGGAUGCCAGAAAAUAGUCUCAAACUUAAUAGGAUUGUGGCGUCGUUUCAUGCGUCUUUAAUAGAAACAAAGUGAACCUUCAUUGAAGUCAUAUUUCACAGCAACAAAAAUAUCAUCCUUAUUAGGUAGAGGGAAUGUUAAUUCUGUGACAUUUAAAAGAUCACUACUAAUUAUUUUUUUAAUUACAGAAGGGUUUCUUAACUUAUUUUUGUAAGCUUUUAUUGUUUAAUAUUGGUUUAUAAUGUGGGGGAGAUACUACCCCUCAAAUGUCAGGGAGACUUCAGUAGCAUUGAUGUCUGAGCCACUGGCUUUGUGAUAGUAAUUCUCAGCUGGAACUACCUAGGCCUUACUCAAGAGAAGAAUCUAAAUGUAUAGGAGAAGGAGAACUUUUUCGCUUCAAAAAGAAAAAAAGUUGAACUCAAGAGCAAAUGAGCCUCUGUUGAAAGGCAGGCAUUUCUUUCAUACUAAAAAUUUACAAAAGAAGGAAAUACGUAGAAGCAAAACGGUACACACAAAAAGCUGGACAUAUAGUGGAGAAAUUUGAAAGAAUUUCAUAUUGAUAUUGUGAAAAUAGUUUCAGUUAAGUUUUAAAAAUUAUGUAACAGAUAAGAGUGGUAUAUGCAAGCAGAUCUUGAAGAAGUACAUUUAUUAAAGCUAAAAUAAUAUAUAUUUUUAAACUUAUGGAAUACAUUUUUAAUUUAUUGUAUAAGCACUUUAUUUUUUUAUUAAAUUUAUUGGGGUGACAUCGGUCAAAAUGAACAGUAAGCACCUUUUUAAAUGUACAUAUUGUUUUGUUAUUGACAUGAUACAUUUCUUAAUAAAAUAAUU